AAGCAACUGUCCUCGUUGUGUAUCGUUAAUGGCCAAAUGCGAACUGUUACAGAUAUUAAUAGUGUAGCAACAGCGGCCACACUAGUCCAAAAAUCAUUGCAAACUACGCCUCUAGCCUAAUAGUGUAGGUUCAGCGACUACACUGUAGCCCAAAAAAUAAUUGCAAGCUACGCCUCUAUCUAGCUCUGCAUCUUGAUUGCAUAAAAGGAUGCAAAAAUGGGACUUGUGUCUUCUGACUAGGCUAUUGCAUAUCCGUUGUAAACGGUGAAAUUCCUCCUUGUGUUGAACAUGUGCCUUUGCUCUCUCUGUCCCUCAACCUAUAUGAAUCCUGGAAAGGUUACAUGAGAGACCGUAAAAAGCAGGGUUAUAUAGGUACUUGACUAUCAUCACUAUCUCACUAGACACACGUAACAACCAAAGGCAGUGGUAACAUGACAGUUGCAGUUUGAGUAACCCAGCUGACAACAGAAAAAGCAAUGUAAUGUCCAAAUCAAAUGUAUUUAUAUAGCCCUUCGUACAUCAGCUGAUAUCUCAAAGUGCUGUACAGAAACCCAGCCUAAAACCCCAAACAGCAAGCAAUGCAAGUGUAGAAGCACGGUGUCUUUCCUAGGCACUAAGUCUAGGCAGUAAAUCGGGGAGGCAUUAUAGCCUAGUGGAUCGAAUCCUGGAGCUGACGAGCAAUGUUGCCAACUCCAACAGUAAGGAAAGUAGCUAUUGGUUGUCCUAAAAGUCGCUCGAAGUCGCCAAAUGACGUCAUUGCCUAAUUUGCAUAAUUGGCCAUGUGCAUGUAAUUGUGAUGGACGCUGUAGGAGAGACAAAAAGGCGGGGUCAGCCGCAGCGGCUUCCCGCAUGCGCGAUUCAUUUGCAGUCUGGAUGUGGAGGGGUGAACAUCUCCUGCUCUGACUGCAGCUGGGAGGGACUGGUGCGAGAGGACUGGGCCGCCUGUGAUUGCUUUGGGACUCCUGGUAGAACCCGCUGCUCGUUGAGAAGAGAGUGUGUGUGUAUCUCUACUGGAUCCCGUCAUGUCGACCCAACCUGCUCCGGAGCAGGGAGGUGUGUUGCUGAACAGUGGCCUGCACAUGAAGAGCAAGAAGGGUCUGGAGGCCGGGAAGGUGGAAGGCCUGCAGGCCCGGGGCCAGUGGGCCAGCAAGGCAGAGUUCCUGCUGGCUGUGGCGGGACAGAUCAUAGGCCUGGGCAACGUGUGGAGAUUCCCCUACCUGUGCUACAAGAACGGAGGAGGUGUGUUCUUUGUGCCCUACCUGUUGUUUCUGGUUCUGUGUGGUGUUCCUCUCUUCCUGAUGGAGACCUCUCUGGGUCAGUAUACCAGCCUGGGAGGGGUCAGUGCCUGGAGGAGCAUCUGCCCACUGUUCGGAGGUCUGGGCUUUGCCAGUCAGGUGAUGAUCCUCCACGGGUGUGUGUAUUACAUUGUGGUCCUGGCCUGGGCUCUCUUCUACCUGGUCCACAGCUUCCAGUCAGAGCUGCCCUGGGCCCACUGCAACAACACCUGGAACACAGGCGGGAGGUCCUGCAGCUGUCCAGUGGACCAGAUGAGCUGGGGCCAGUCAGCUGGAGGCUGGCUCUGUGUCUGCUGCUAGUCUGGGUCGUCUGCUACUUCUGUGUGUGGAAGGGGGUCAAAUCCACUGGCAAGGUGGUCUACCUUACCGCCACGUUCCCCUACUUGAUGCUGGCCAUCCUGCUGGUACGUGGCAUCACCCUGCCUGGAGCUGCCCAGGGGAUCAUCUACUAUCUCAAUCCCAACAUCACCCGCCUGGCAGACCCACAGGUAUGGAUGGAUGCGGGGACUCAGAUCUUCUUCUCUUAUGGCAUCUGUCUGGGGAGCCUUACCGCCCUGGGCAGCUACAACAAAUACAACAACGACUGCUAUAAGGACUGUUUAUCCCUGUGCCUGCUGAACAGUGGCACCAGCUUCCUGGCAGGCUUUGCCAUCUUCUCUGUGCUAGGCUUCAUGGCUCAGGAGCAGGGCGUGGACAUUGCAGAUGUGGCCCAGUCAGGCCCUGGGCUGGCCUUUAUAGCUUACCCUCGGGCUGUAGCCAUGAUGCCUUUCCCUCAGCUCUGGGCUGUGUGCUUCUUCCUCAUGAUCAUCAUGCUGGGGCUGGACACACAGUUUGUAAGCCUGGAGGCCCUGAUGACCUCUGUGACUGACCUCUACCCUACGGUGAUCCGGCGGGGUUAUCGACGAGAGCUGCUGCUGCUGAUGGUGUGUGUCGUCUGCUUCCUGGUUGGCCUGGUCAUGGUCACCCCGGGUGGUCUCUAUGUGUUCCAGAUCUAUGACCACUACUCCUGUAGUGGGGCCAGUCUGCUGCUCCUGUCCAUCUUCCAGUCGGUGGCCGUGGGCUGGGUUUACGGGCCUGACAGGUUCAAUGACAACAUUAAGCACAUGAUUGGCUACAGCCCGCUGCCCUUCUUCAAGCUGUGCUGGCGCUAUCUGACGCCAGCCAUGUGCACGGCGACGUUUGUGUUCUCCUUGGUGUGCUGGUCCCCUCUGUCCCUGGGCAAGGGCAUAGUAGCCCCGGGGUGGGCCACAACUCUGGGAUGGCUCCUCACCCUCUCCUCUGUCUCCCUGCUGCCCCUCUGUGCACUUUACGCCCUUGCCACCACCCCCGGCAGCCUAACACAGCGUUUCCGCCGGCUGUGUCGUCCUGCCCCCGACUCCAAUUUGGCCAUGGACCACCGGACCACCUCUCUCACCUUUGAACCCUGUCUGGCUCUCACCGCCGGAAAUCCAAUGAGCCAAUCGCAGACGUGAUCUAGGGAUGUCCACCCUGGGUUUAGCCAAUGAUAUGGUUUCUGCGCACCAAAUGGGACAGAUCAGAAUCGGGGGUCAUGGGAUGUUUCUGUGGAGAUGGGAAGGCCUCUGCCCCUCUGUUGUGUUCUCACUGGUAAAUGGAGACAGGAUGGUGGUUUAACUGUGAUGGGCCUGGGAUAUGUGGACCGGAUUUAGUGACAUGCCCAUGGGGGAGGGGGAAAUUACCUCAUCAUAAUUUCAGUCAGACUAGUCAAUGGUUUCUGACUGGACUAUUUUGAUCAGACUGAUUGGGUCUGAAAUAGUACCCUAUUCCCUCCCUAUAUAGUACACUAUUACCUUUAACCAGGGCCGCUAGGGCUCUGGUCAAAAGUAGUGCACUAUGUAGGAAAUAUGGUGCCAUUUCAGUCUGUGAUUGGAUUAAGGCAUUAAGUGAAACUGUUUACAGAAAAUGAGAAAUCUCCUCUGGGAUUGGAAGUAGUGAAGAAAAUCAGACCGUAAAAUAUAUCUUUCUCCUUUGUGCUAUUUAUUGUGUUGUAUAAUGAAUUGAGUAAAGUGAAUGCAGUACCAUGUUGAAAACAUAAGUAAUAAUCAGAGAGACAUACUAUACACUGAGUGUACGAAACGUUAGGAACACCUGCUCUUUCCAUGACACAGACUGACCAGGUGAAUCCAGGUGAACGCUAUGCUCCCUUAUUGAUGUCACUUGUUAAGUCAUUGUACCUAAACUGUAUGUGUACACAUGUAUACGCAGGGCCCAGCUGUAAAAGAGACCGUGGUCUCAGUCUGUGUUCCUUGUUGAAAUAAAGGUAUAAUAAUGAUAACAGUAAGUUCACGUCAAUCAGCGUAGAUGAAGGGGAGGAGACGGGUUAAAGAAGGAUUUUUAAGCCUUGAGACAAUUGAGACAUGGAUUGUGUAUUUGUGCCAUUCAGAAGGUGAGUGGGCAAGACAAAAUAUUUAAGUGCCUAUGUACUGGGUAGGGUACUAGUUGGUGCCAGGCACACCGGUUUGAGUCUGUCAAGAACUGCAACGCUGCUGGGUUUUUCACACUCAAUAGUUUCUCGAGUGUAUCAAGAAUGGUCCACCACCCAAAGGACAUCCAGCCGACUUGACACAACUAUGGGAAGCAUUUGAGUCAACAUAGGCCAGCAUCCAUGUGCAAUGCUUUUGACACCUUGUAGAGUUCAUGCCCUGGCGAUCUUGACUGUUCUGAGGGCAAAAGGGGGUGCAACUCAAUAUUCAGGAAUGUGUUUUGUACUCUGUGUAUAGUAGGAACUCCGACAUACGAACAUGUCUGGACUGGAGGUCCUUCAGACUGAAAUGUCCGUAACUUUGAAAUUCACUUUAAAAUUCACUUUAAAAACUCAUCAAACCUUUAUUGAAUAUAUUGAUUAAAUAUAUUUUUAUAUAAAUGAUUUGUUAUAGAAAAUGUAUACAUAUAUAUAUUUAUUGUUUUACAUGUGUUUUCUAAUCAUUUAUCUAGAUACCGUAAUAAUAUCUGAUUUUGUUUUUAAGACCAUGUAAACAACAUUUACACUUGACAGAAGUUCCGUUUCAUAUUGCCCGUUCGGUUGACUGGUCAAUCUGUAACUCUUGAGGCUCGUGUCUUUGAGGUUCUACUUUAUACAAUCUAAUGGCAUGUUGUAAGGUUUUCAAUCAUGUGAAAAUCCCUGUAACUAUUUUCUUGUUCUACAGUAUGUGAAAACUGUGGCUAAUCAUGAUCCAAUGUGUUCAAUUUUACUUCUCAAAGCUGCUGGAAAUGUACACCGUCAUCUCGGUUUACAAAUUGCCAGCCAUGGAUAUGACUCUUUAUAGUCUUUGAUUACUUUCUCAUUGAAAAUAUAAAAGAAGAAACAUGCUGUGUU